AUGACUGCCGUCGGGGACGAUCAACUGUUCUUCGUCGAUGACGGUGAAGAAGAGGCUGACGCUGAUGAGGACAGGAUGGAGAUCGAUGUGGAAGAGAGUGAGGACAGUGUCUCUGAGGAGGAGAAUGCGUGGGAGGAUUCAGAUGACGAGCAAUUGCGCGUGCCCAUCACAGAGACACACAGGACGAAGAAAUUGAGACAUUCGUACACUGAAAAUAAAAUAACCGGUACAGCCUACAUUCGCAGGCUGAGAACUCAAUUUGAGAAAAUCUACCCUAGACCCAAAUGGGCUGACGAACCAGAUGUGGACGAAAAAGAUGGUAAUGCUAGUAGUGACGAGGAGGCAGAGGAAACCGGCGAACAAGUUGUCGAUGGGGACGUAUACGCUUUAUCCAAGAUCUUGCAAUCAACUUACAACUAUAAGGACGUGUCAGGCACCAAGUUAUUGCCGUCCGUUUCCUUGGAUAUCUUGCGUCUGAAGGACGCUAACGUUUCGCACCCAUCUCGUUCCGCGAUACAGUCCUUAUCCUUCCAUCCUACCAAACCAUUGCUACUAACUGGUGGGUACGAUAAAACAUUAAGAAUAUACCAUAUCGAUGGUAAGAAUAAUCAUCUUGUGACAAGUCUUCAUUUGAGAGAUACCCCGAUCCAAUCGUGUACUUUCUACGUCUCUCCAAGUGAAAGCCAGCAGAGGAUCUUUACAGGUGGUAGAAGAAGGUACAUGCACUCUUGGGACCUGUCUAAUAACACAAAUAACACUGCAAACUCCGUCGCUAAAGUCGAAAAGUUUUCGAGACUUUACGGCCAUGAGAACACUCAAAGAUCCUUUGAAAAAUUCAAAGUGGGUCAUUUCUUCAACUCCGCGACUCAUCAGACUCAUGGUAUCAUAUGUCUCCAGGGUAACAAUGGAUGGAUCAACGUGUUGAAUUCCAUCUCUGGCCUAUGGAUGCUCGGCUGUAAAAUCGAAGGGCUGCUCGUGGAUUUUUGCAUCGAUUAUAAACCAUUGGGGAAGGGGAAGUUCAAGACAAUUUUGAUUGUCGCCAACACGUAUGGUGAAGUAUGGGAAUUCGAUCUGAACAACAACGGUGAAGUGUUGACCAGAUGGAAGGAUGAGGGUGGUAUUGGGAUUACAACGAUUCAGGUUGGAGGUGGUACCAAUAGCGACCAUUUGCUGUCCACCAAGAACGUCCGCGCGAAUAGAUGGUUAGCUAUUGGAAGUGAGAGUGGGUUUGUUAACAUUUACGAGAGAAACGGAGGAUCUUUGUUCAGUGGAACUAUGAAGCCCGUUGCCGUGAUGGACCAUUUAACCACCACAAUAUCGUCAGUACAGUUCUCUCCGGACGGUCAGAUAUUAUGCAUAGGCUCAAGGGCCGUUAAAGAUGCCCUGAGAUUAAUUCAUCUUCCCUCGUUUACAGUAUUCAAAAACUGGCCUACGUCUGGUACUCCCUUUGGUAAAGUUACUACUGUGGCAUUUUCGUCUCAUGGAGAAAUGCUUGCUGUAGGUAACGAACAGGGUAAAGUCAGGCUUUGGAGGCUAAACCAUUAUUAA